CCGAUCGAUCUCCGCCUGCUCCCGCAUCUCCUCCUCCUCCUCGACCCCCCCGCGCGCCCCGCGAUGCCGAACCUGCCGAGCCAGAUCGUGGCGUCCUCGUCGCUGAUCGGGCGGCGGAUGCUCCUCCGGCACCGUCGGCUCGCGAGCCCCGCCGCCCGGUGCUUCACCACGACCGAGGGGCACCGCCCCACCAUGGUGCACAAGCGCAGCAUCGACAUCCUCCACGAUCCCUGGUUCAACAAGGGAACAGCAUUCUCUAUGACAGAACGAGAUCGUCUUGAUCUUCGGGGUCUUCUCCCUCCCAGCGUUAUGUCUUCCGAGCAGCAAAUUGAACGCUUUAUGGUUGAUUUGAAGAGGCUCGAAGUGCAAGCAAGAGACGGACCAUUGGAUCCAAAUGCUCUGGCAAAGUGGCGGAUUCUUAACAGACUGCACGACAGAAAUGAGACAAUGUACUAUAAGGUUUUAAUAGCAAAUAUUGAGGAAUAUGCACCUAUCGUGUAUACACCCACUGUUGGUCUUGUUUGCCAAAACUAUGGUGGCUUGUUUAGACGGCCAAGGGGAAUGUACUUCAGUGCUGAAGAUCGGGGUGAAAUGAUGUCGAUGGUGUACAACUGGUCAGCUGAGCAGGUUGACAUGAUUGUUGUCACAGAUGGGAGCAGAAUAUUGGGUCUUGGAGAUCUUGGAGUUCAGGGAAUUGGAAUUGCAAUAGGGAAGCUAGAUCUGUAUGUUGCUGCUGCUGGAAUAAACCCUCAAAGGGUACUUCCUGUAAUGAUUGAUGUUGGAACUAAUAAUGAGAAGCUACUUGAAGAUCCAAUUUACUUGGGACUCCAACAGCAUCGUCUUGAUGGUGAUGAAUAUAUCGCGGUAAUUGAUGAAUUUAUGGAAGCUGUGUUUACUCGCUGGCCCAAUGUGGUUGUACAGUUCGAAGAUUUUCAAAGCAAGUGGGCUUUCAAGUUAUUGCAGCGCUAUCGAAACUCCUACAGAAUGUUCAAUGAUGAUGUCCAGGGAACAGCAGGAGUUGCACUUGCUGGUCUUUUAGGAGCAGUUAGAGCUCAAGGAAGGUCAAUGAUUGACUUUCCAAAAAUGAAAAUUGUUGUUGCUGGUGCUGGAAGCGCUGGAAUAGGUGUUCUUAAUGCUGCUAGAAAAACCAUGGCAAGGAUGUUGGGAAAUAAUGAAACUGCUUUUGACAGUGCAAGUAGUCAAUUUUGGGUGGUUGAUGCCAAGGGUCUAAUCACGGAGGAGCGUGAGAAUAUUGAUCCAGAGGCUAGGCCAUUUGGAAGAAAGGUUAAAGAAGUUCAUCGUCAAGGUUUGAGGGAAGGCGCAUCCCUUGUAGAAGUGGUGCGAGAAGUCAAGCCUGAUGUGCUACUUGGAUUAUCUGCAGUUGGGGGCCUUUUUUCAAAAGAGGUAUUAGAGGCUAUGAAACGGUCAACAUCCACUAGACCAGCUGUUUUUGCUAUGUCAAACCCUACAAAAAAUGCCGAGUGUACUCCUGAAGAAGCAUUCUCUAUCAUUGGGGAGAAUGUUAUAUUUGCAAGUGGAAGUCCUUUCAAAGAUGUAGAUCUCGGCAAUGGUCAUAUCGGGCACUGUAACCAGGGAAAUAACAUGUAUCUUUUUCCGGGCAUUGGGCUUGGCACACUUCUCUCUGGAUCUAGGAUUGUCUCUGAUGGCAUGCUACAGGCUGCUGCAGAAUGCUUGGCCGCUUACAUGACUGAAGAGGAGGUCCUUAGAGGGGUGAUAUAUCCAUCAAUAUCUAGCAUUAGAGACAUCACAAAGGAGGUUGCCACAGCCGUGCUAAAGGAAGCUAUAGAAGAGGAUCUAGCAGAAGGAUACCGUGACAUGGAUGCACGAGAACUUAAAAAACUUAGUCAGGAGGAAAUUGCAGAGUUUGUGCAGAACAACAUGUGGAGCCCAGACUACCCAUGUUUGGUUUUCAAGGACAAUUGAUUCAUAUCCUUCCCACAUUUAAACACAUACAAUGGAAGCUGAUGACGGACAUGCUGGAAGUGUGUUGUACAUUAUUUCGGUGCUGGGGUGUACAGAUCUCAGGGCAGGUCGACUCUAAGGAUCGCCGUACUUAUGUAUCAAUGUUAUCAGCUCAAAUGUCUCGCUGUUUGGCUGAUUAACCCCCAUCCAAGUCUCGCCAUUCCAUGAUAAUAAUCAUAUUUGAUUGGCGCGUUGUAAUUGUAACUAUAUACGCACUUAAUUGUAGAGAAGUGAGUGAAAGGACAGACCACGGGAAAUUAAUAUGAGAAGAUAUGCCGAUGCUGCUUCAACAAAUUAUAUGUCCAGAAUGAAAAGAAGUAUGUUGGAAACAUUCCCUCUUAAUUUGUUCCAACGCCUUGGCAUAGAACCGAGCAUUUCUGGCUCUUACUUAUGUGCUGUCGGUACUAUUUACUCCCACAGAUUGACAUCAUUUUUGGGCACUCCAUUUGAUACUUCUGUUCCUCCCUGCCCCUUCUUGCGUAGGUCAAUCAGUCAUUCGGUUGACACUCUAUUAAACAGCACUUAGCAUAGUUAUUUGUAGGCUAUAUGUAUGCUUGGUUAUAUGGCGACGGAAGCGUCGGCCUGAAAAGAUUGUUUAUAAACAGUCGGACCGUCAUCAAUAACAAACAAGGUGCAACUGAGGGGGAGAGUGAACAGGAGAACAUCGACACGAGGCUAUUUGAAAAGUAUAUGGAGCGAAUUGGAGAAUGGAUAUAUAUAGUCCUUCUGAUUGUGUUCAUUCUGUCGGCUAACUUCUAGUUCUACAAGUUCAACUAAAACUUUCCUAAUGUCAAUUCUUCCAUGGAAAUAAAUGACGUGAUUUCCAAACACUGCGUUAUGCUACCUAGUCGUUUGAGUUCGUUAUAUAAUUAUAAUUGGCAACUGUUGCCUCUUUGUAUAUGAACUUUCACUUUUCUCGACAUGUUCGUCCGCCUUAGAUAGUUCACCAAUCAUCAAUCGAUUUUCGCAGCGGUUUUCUUGCCUUCCUUAUGGAUCUCGGGUCGAGGGUUACCCUAUUCAACAUCAAAAGCGAAACAAUUGGUGGCAUAAGUAAAAGAAGGGGUGGAUUCAGAAUUUUUAGAGCAACAGCACUUCGAUGCACGUUGUUAUACCUAGCAAAUCAUAUAUUAUCAUUGAUAAGUGGGAGGGAAAUUCAUCGAUCUAGCAAAUGUUGGUGCGAUAGCGAGCAAUACUAAGUUAAAUACAUGAUCUUUCCAAAUAAGACUACCAUUGGUUCACAAUAAUCUUCCAUCCUCUUGAUCAGACUGCUCUGUUUUUGCAAGCAAAAUGAACAAAGAGCAUUACAUCCGAGGCAGAGUCGUGCUAAUCGUCAUUUACAAGAUCAAACAUUAGCCUAUUAAUUUCGUUGAUUGGAAUAUCAGAUAUGGGUUCUAUGGGCAAUUCGUCUCCCUCUCCCUCUCCCAAAGGACCGAAUGUUGAUGGAUCUCUAGUAAACUCAUC